AGUCUAGUGUUUUGCCUACAAAGAAGAAAAUGUGUUUAGAAGAACAGCCAGAAAUCUCUUUCUGUUCUCUGGAAGAACUUGUAUAAGAUAAGAAAUGCUAGCAUCAUGGGUGUCUUUAGUCACUUAACCUACUUUAUGGCUGCUGGAGCUCUUAGUCUGGGAAUUGGAUUCUUUGCUUUGGCAUCUGCUUUGUGGUUCCUGAUUUGCAAACGAAGAGAACUAUUUGAGGAGUCCAAGUUUAAGGAAUUUGGUGAAAAUAUGAAGCAAGGAUCAUGCAAACCAAAGCUUAAAGCUCACCCUCAGUGUGUUUUCAUUUCCCGGAACUUCCAUGCUGGCUAUUUACAAUCACAGACGGAGAAAAGAGAAAAGGAAGAAGCAGAAAAAAAAGCUGUCAGAAGUCACUCUAAAGUUGAAUUCUGCCUCCAGGAUCCCAUCAGCUGUGAGUCCCCUGAGGUGACCUCAGUAGCAAAUGGCAGCAGUGUGUCAACAUUGAGCUUAUCAACAUCAAUCUCUAGUUCUUACUGCUGCCAGACCGUAGAAGAAGCCGAAGACUGGCUUACUGAUGAUUGUCUAGAAACCAGGAUUCCCUUAAAGAAUCCUUUACUCGGGGAGCCUCUAAAAAAGAAGGUGCUUGCGUACCUGUCAUCCAUUUCAUUAGAAGAGUGGCCUGGGAACACAGUGAGCAACACAUUUUGUAGCGAGCAAAAAACUGACAGCCUUAAGGAACUGUUGGUACUGAAAAACACAGAGGUUGGCAAACACAACCUUCAAUUUGAUAUUGAAUGACUUUUUUUUCUUUUGAAACCUGGUAUAGAGUGAAAUCAUGUAAAGUUAAAACUGAAUUAUGAACUUCUGAGUCUCUUAUCAUGUCUGUACUAAUAA